UGUAACCCAGCAGGGCAGGAUUGGCCCCUGCAGCAGGAUUAUUUUUGUUGCCCUCACCUCCUUUUGGCCGUCUCAGGUUUCCAGGGCUGCUGUCAGUGCCCAGCCUCCCGCUGCCUUUACACUCUGGGCUCGCUGCGGGCAGCAGGACGUCCCUACCUCCAGCUCCAAGGUAGACAACCUGCGCAGUCUGUGGCGUCUCCUGAGUGGGAGGCUUCUGGGAGCUGCCAGAGAAGUGUCUGUCAGAGAGGAAUGGCUGGCACCUUCUGCCGUCUCCUGGCCGGGCGCGCAGCCCCCGCGCUGUUCGCCGCCGCGGGCACGGGGGUGCUGGCCACGGGCUACCUGCUGGGCCAGCACAACGUCAGCGCCGCCGUGCAGGAGAAGAGGAAGCUCUUCCCGCCCAGCGCUGACUACCCCGACCUGCGCAAGCACAACAACUGCAUGGCCGAGUGCCUGACCCCGGGCAUCUACUCCCGCCUCCGGGACAAGAUGACCCCCAACGGCUACACCCUGGACCAGUGCAUCCAGACCGGGGUGGACAACCCUGGCCACCCCUUCAUCAAGACGGUGGGCAUGGUGGCCGGGGACGAGGAGUCCUACGAGGUGUUUGCUGAGAUUUUUGACCCUGUCAUUAAGGCCAGACAUAAUGGCUACGACCCACGGACAAUGAGACACCACACGGACCUGGAUGCAUCCAAGAUCACGCACGGGCAGUUCGACGAGCGCUAUGUGCUGUCGUCGCGGGUGCGCACCGGUGCCUCUUACAGUUUGCCUUCAGCCUAA